AAGAUUGUCCCUGACUUGCCACUUAGAGGUUAUGUUAUGACUCCCUUAUCACUUAUAUCUUAUCAGUGCCCUGCAAGAUUUCAGGUAAUUUUUAUGAUUUCAAAACACACCAGCACGAAUCUCUCGCAACUUUCUCCAUUCGCAACUCUUCUUCAGUCAAUUUUAAUUGAAAACAUCAAUUUUAGUUAAUUGAUGAUCAUGCCGUAGAGGAAUUUUAUUCCUGUGGAGGCUGCUCUGAAACGGGAGGCCCUCACUCACAAUCUUUUUAUUAAGUGUGGUGGCCAAGUUCAUUCUCCAACUGAAAAGAAUAUAAGGAAGAAUCAUCAAGGAGGUAUUCGACCAUGGAUAUUUUGUCUGCUGCCGUCAUAUCUUACGGGAUGUGGUUCAUCCUCAACAGUGUCUACAUUGAGAUUGUCUCACCUUUGAUCUUCAAACGAACAAAAGACUACCGAAUGCCCAUCAUUUCGUGGGAGCUGCUGUUCAGUGGAUUUUGUUUCGUAACCUGCUUGAACAAUCUUCCUGCCAGUGACAUGUUUUCAAGUUUCACUUUCAGUAACUACCAUCUGCCUUCAAAUCUGAGCUCUGCAUUUAUGAUCGGAGGAUUCAUGCACAGCGUAAGCAGAAGUGUAACGUUGAAGGGCAUCAACAGUUGCUUAUUUUGGAGGCAGAUUAGUCUCUCUUUGCUCUCCACUUCCGCUUUUAAACUGGGGUGUGUGGAUUUCUUAUUUAAGGCUGUUCUGGUGAUUAGUAUAAUGGAUCAACUGUUAUGGUUCAUUCGAGCUCUGUGCAACCUCGAGAAGAUGGAUAGUGAAAAAAGUUGGAUCUUGUCCAUUAUGUCUACCCUCUAUUGCAUUUUAUGGUGUUUUGUGUACUUAUUUUUGAUGCCUUCAUACAUGAUAAUCCCAGCGGCUUUUACAAGAACGAAUAGUGAGAGUAUACCACAUUUACUCGUCUUAAAUUUAAGCCUUUGGAUCUGCUUCCUAUGUGAAUUCAUAAAUUCGCCUGCACUGCAAGUGAUAAAAGAACUGUUCCUGUAUCAGACAAUUAAUGUAGAUCUUUUCACUUUCAAAGAAAACUUCCUUACAAGGUCAAACUUUGUAUUGUUAAAAAAGCAACUUGAGAAAGAAAAACAGAAAGUUGAAAGACUGCAAAAAGCUGUGCCCAAACAAGAAAACCAGGAGCAGAAAAUCAAUAAAAAAAUGAACCCUGGGACUGUCAUACAAACAAUUAAAUGUUACAUGGCAAUGAAGAGGAGGCUGAAAAAUGUUCGUGAGAGAGCACAGUUUGCAGAGACAUCAAAUAAUCCCGAACAAGAUCAAGAAGACUUCAUUGAUGAGGAUAUUCCAAACAAAUCUGAAUAGCCUCAGGAUCCAAGACAUGGAGCCGAUUUCAUGACACUCACUCAUAAGUCAUCUAAUGGAUGUCUUCUUUUGGAUAACAUUAAGCAAUGAAAUCACUCCUUCAUUACGGUGUUCCAAAACGUUAGUCUCUAUCUUAGUCUUUUGGAGAGAACCAACCAACAUCCUGACUAGAAAAUUAUUGUAACUUUUCUGGCCCACGUCAAGUUCAUCUCUAUAAAAUUUUAGCCGAUGAUGGCUGGUUUCCUUCCAAAAAACAAUUGUGAAACAUCUCAAUGAAGAUGCGACCAUCUUGCUUACCUCCAUCCGCCGGGUAUUACCAAUUAAACGAAUACUGCCACAGGUUAUUCUUUAAUGACAAGAAAGCCACUGACAGUCCUGCCUCUUAAAAUGUAUCGCGCAGACCUCCUAUUUAUUGAUACCACCCUUUCAAUGUACCAUAAGAAGUUCCUUAAAUAUGUUAUAGUUUUCUUGGAUAAGUUGUCCAUUGCCCUGGCUUCAAUUUUUUAAGCCAAUCUUUCUAGUCAAACAUGCUAAAGAUAAAAAUUUUAUUUUGAUUCUCAAUUAAUUCGAGGAUUUAACACUUACGGUAAACUUCGUUUAAUUGGGGCUUAUCCAUCCUGAGGAAUUAUCCCCGGAUGAAGCAGAGUUUUUUUACAUUGCUAUCAUAUAUACAAGAUUCGGUUCAGGGGAUUUUGUCCCAACUAAGGGGAGUUGCCUGCAGUAAGUUUUGUAUAUUCUUCGACAAUGCAAUCAUGGGUUAAAAAUAUUGUCGACGAACUCCUGAAAGUGAUGUACUACCCCCAAAUCUGGCAGCCCUCUUGCUGUCAGCCGGUAGUCCUCUAGAUCACCCUAUUUAACUCUUGUUCUUGCUAAUGCUAACAUAACUUUUGCUUUCUAAUGUUCUUGUUUGUUGUUGUUUUCUGCAUAAAUAUCUCAGUUACCUCCAGCACAUCUUCAGAGUUAAUGAGAAAACUAAAACUACGGUGAACUUAAGAAAUUUCACAGAAAACCACCGCCAGACCCCUGAUUUCAAUGUGUCAACCCUCCUAAUCCUUAUUCCUGAAGUAGCCACCACUAUGGCAUACAUAAAUAGGUGGAUCUUCAGAGUUUUCGAAAUUGCUUUGAGACCCACAGUGCUUUAGAAAAACCGUACACAGCAGUGGCGUGGCGUGAAUUGCGAUAUAUCGAUUGUUAUGCCAUUUAAACUUAUAGAGAAGGAUCGAUAAACAGGGUGUUCACAGUGAACACCUUAAUAAACGAUUCUUUGCCACAGGUUUAAAUACCAUAACAAUCGAUACAACGCAAUUCACGCCAUGCCACUGGUACACAGGAAGUCAGCUGCAAUUCUAGGACCCUUUUUCUGUACUUACAUUAAUUCUAAAAUGAAAGAGCUCAUACCUUGGGCAUGGAGAGUGUACUGCAUGUUUUCUGUCAAAAGAAUUUCACAAACUUUUCCUGUUGGUCUUUCCUUGUUCGAAGAAGUGUUGCCCCAAAUUAUGAAAGAAAUAUCUUCACCCUAAGGCUUGCCAGUUCAAUGACCUGCUGAGACAUUUAUCAGGAAAGAGCAAGAAAUAUUAAGAAAGAAAAUGAGUCUGAGCUACUAGGUAAUUCCCUCCAUAAAUUGAAGGAAAACUUUUUAAAGACCAUGUUUCAAUGUUCUGGACUGUCCAUAGUACAUCAUAAAUUAGUGGACAUCCUGACCUAAAGACACUGUUCAAAACUUAGUCGAUUUGAGGUUUCCUUGAGAUAGAAACUCCUAACCAUUGUUUUUGUUUUACCUUAGGUACUAAGACAUUUUUUAAAAUUCCUCAAUCUGAGGACUCCUUGAGACAGAAACUCAUAACCCUUGUUAUUUUUACCCUAGAUAUUUUAACUAUGUUCAUUUUUGUGUGUGAUAUUUUCAAACUUUGUUACUUCAGUCUUUCAUUAUGUUUAAUAAUUCUAAUAAAUUUCGAGAAUAAUUAGCUUCCCA